AUGCGCCUACCAAUCAUACAAGAAUUGGGCGUGUUCGAAGAUAGUCUUCCACUAUAUUGUCAAAUAACAGACCUAACGUCUAUGGUUGAUGAAUAUGCCGUUACCAACCAUAUAGGAAUAGGGCUCGUCAAAAUAACAGACCUGACGCCUAUGGUAUGGUCACCAACCAUACAGGAAUAG